AUGCGACUCGACGACGUCUCAUCGCUUGAUCGCAUCGAAAACCCGCAGCUCGCCAUGGGUCUUUUUCACAAGCAACUCAACCUAGGCUGGCAAAAUAUGGACGUCCACAAACACUCUGUCGACACUCCUGGUAGCUUCGCAUGGACGAUCUCAAUCCUCGGACUCAAGAGACUUCACGGGGAGAAGCCGGACUAUCAGACGAUGGUCCAGCUGUUUAAUACGGUGCUACAGGCUAAUGUGCUAGUCUACUGGGAGAUUGUCACCGGUAAAUCACUCCAGCAGCUCGCAAAAGACAAGCCCAGCGCGUCGACUCUGCUCGAGAUGGCUCAGAAAAUUCAUACGCAGUUCUUCUGCCCUGGAAACCUUGCUGAGGGAGACGCUGCGGACGGACAGCUUCGUAAUAUUGUCUUUAUGAACAGAGACCUCAUGUAUUUCUUCGAGCUCGGCCAGGCGAUCUCAUCGGGCGACUUCGGACGGAUCGAACUCUUUCUAGGUACAUUUACUGAGUGUUUUGCUGGCGGUGGGCGCAGCAAUUAUGUUUCAGAGUGUCUACACCUCAUACAGCAUCUCAAGAAGAUCUGGACGCCCGAAUUCGCGUAUGUUUCUUUUAUUUCUCUCUGUAUGAUGUUCUAA